CGUGCCAGUGUGACGGAGACGAUGCGGGUCGUCGCGUGAGCGCGAUGACGCUCAGCGGCGCGUCGCCGCGCUCGCCGACACUCGGCGACGUAUCGUGAAAAUUAUGUAAUUUGUAACCGGAAAUAUGAAAAUGACCGUAUUUCUACAGCGUUUCAAAGCGAACGCCGACUCGUCUCGCUGAGGAAGGAAGACUCGUCGGGACCGGAGAGAUGGACGGGAGGACUGCGGAUGGCGGGGAGGACGGGAGGACGGGGGAGGAAGCUGCCUCCAGCCCCUGUCUCCAGCUCGACCUGGGGGACACCGAUUCAGCAAAGAAGGUGCAGAUAACCGAGAUGCCGUCCCCAUUUGGAGUCAGCCAAGCCCAUGAGAAAAAGAUUGGCCAUAGGAGGGUGGAUGCCUCUGGGGAGACAACAUAUAAAAAGACUACUUCCUCCGCUUUGCAAGGGUCCAUCCAGCUGGGCAUCGGAUACACUGUCGGCAACCUCAGCUCCAAGCCGGAGAGAGACGUGUUGAUGCAGGACUUUUACGUGGUGGAAAGCAUCUUUUUCCCCAGUGAAGGCAGCAACCUCACUCCGGCCCACCACUAUCCAGACUUCAGGUUUAAAAACUAUGCCCCUGUGGCUUUCCGCUACUUCCGGGAGCUGUUUGGGAUCCGACCAGAUGACUACCUGUACUCCAUAUGUAACGAAACACUGAUCGAGUUGACGAACCCGGGAGCCAGUGGCUCGAUAUUCUAUGUGACCCGCGAUGACGAGUUCAUCAUCAAAACGGUUCAGCACAAAGAGGCAGAGUUCCUUCAGAAGCUCCUUCCUGGAUACUACAUGAACUUGAACCAGAACCCACGUACGUUGCUGCCAAAGUUUUUUGGCCUCUACUGCGUCCAGUGCGGGGGCAAAAACAUCCGAGUGGUUGUGAUGAACAAUAUUCUGCCGCGCUCCGUAAGCAUGCACCUCAAGUUUGAUCUGAAGGGCUCCACGUACAAGAGGCGAGCAUCCAAGAAGGAAAGAGAGAAAUCCAAGCCCACUUUCAAAGACCUGGACUUUCUGAAUGACGUUCCUGAAGGCCUCACCAUGGACCAGGACACAUACAGCGCUCUGGUGAAAACUCUGCAGAGAGACUGUCUGGUUCUGGAAAGUUUUAAGAUCAUGGACUACAGUUUGCUGCUCGGGGUCCACAACAAAACUCAAGCCAAGCGAGAGAACCAGUCUCAGGGGUCGCCCGCAGGAGGAGGGGACGAAACGAGGCGCGCGGCUCAGAGAGCUCUGUAUUCCACUGCCAUGGAGUCUAUACAGGGAGGCUCCACGUGCAGGGACACGCUGGACCAUGACGACACUAUGGGCGGUAUUCCAGCUGUGGGGAGCAAAGGGGAGCGCCUCCUGCUCUUCGUUGGAAUCAUUGACAUCCUGCAGUCAUACAGAAUGAUCAAGAAACUGGAGCACUCUUGGAAGUCCCUCAUCCAUGACGGGGACACAGUGUCAGUUCACAGACCGAGUUUCUAUGCUGAGAGGUUCUACAAAUUCUGCAGCACCAUCGUCUUCAAAAAGAGCAGCUCAUUGCGGUCGUCUCCGUCUAAGAGAGGACGAGGUGCUCUUUCCAUGUCCAAGUCCAGCGGAGGAACGGGUUCAUCCGGGCAGCGUCCCUCGCUGACUGAUGAGACGCAGGAGAACCUGGAGAACCUGGAGAACCUACGAGGAGUGCGCAGCUUCCCUUUGCUGGAGGACAAUGGGAGAGAGCCGCCCUGCACUCCUCCUUCCUUUGAAGAUGCUACCACAGCUUCUAUUGCUACCACUCUCUCCUCCAACAACUCCUUACCCACAACCCCCUUCGACACCCCAGAGCACCCGCGCUACAGGAGACAAAUGCUUUCCCCAAGUGUGGCCAGGGCACAGAGAGAGGUGGUUGAGGUUCAUGAGGAAAAGCAGGACACGAUUACAGUGGAGGUGGAACUCAGUAAAAUCCCAAAGAGCACUGAGCUCACACAGAUGACAGAAAUGACGCCCCCCAGCCUUCGGUCACCUGAUCAGCAGCUCCGUGCGACCGCCUCAUCCACCCUUCCCUCUGUCAGUCCACCCUCAGCGUAUUCCUCCUCCACCCUUCCUUCUUCCUUUGGGUCCUGCUCCUCCGCUGUUCAAUCCGCCGGCCAGUCGGCCUCCACGGAGGCUUCGUCCAUCCGUCCAUCCACCAAACCCCUCACCUCUCCUGCCGCUGCUCCGUCUUCAGCGCUUUCCUCUCCGAUCCCUCAUCCAGCACCUCCGUCCGAACCUCUCACUCCACCCCCGAACCCCCAGAGCAUCCCACCUGGCUCGGCAUUUACACCCAUCCGCCCUGCAUCUUCCCACUCCUCCACCCAGGGCUCUUCUCCCCAUCUGCCCCCGACUCCUACCCCGUCCCACCCUCCAAGCCCCCAGGCGCCUCAGCAGGCGCUGAAAGCACCGUGCAAUCAGCUGUCUGUGUCCAGCAGCCACAACUCGUUGGAUGGCGAGGUGCCCGUGUCCGACAUCUACUUUACCCAGGAGGAUCGGGGCUGGAUGUACUCUCCUCUGCACUACAGCUCAGAGUCCAGAAGGGGCUCAGACGGAGAGAGUGAGACAUAAUUCUCCAAAGUGGAUCACAGCGGUGAUGGGCGGAGUCAGAGGCUGUUCCCUUUAUACAGAAGCUGUGAGGUUCUGAUAACAAAGCCGCCAGGACACUAUGAGAAUAAAUGCUAGUUUCCCAGGCUGGAUGUGGGAGCUUGCUUUGUCAACAGAGACUAAAGGAAUGAGCUUAAAUCAUUUAGGUAUACAACCAUGCAUAAAUACGUAUAUCAUACAUAUUAUGAAACAAAACAUAAAGCAUUCAUUGCUGGGCGACCCGACUGGUAUGAAGCAGACAAAUAGAGUGCGACACUGAAUGGGGGACGUGAAGUCGGAUGUGUUGCUGCCUGCUGGGGGGGUUGUUAGUGUUCACGAGUCACGCUGCAUUGUGCCAGCUCUGACUAUGCAAUAUGGAUAUAUGUAUUAUGGAUUUCUGUUCUUGACAGAGUUUAUUCGCACAUUUCCUUUACACUAGUUGCAUGUCAAAGCUGUAUAUAAUUUUGUUUUAGCACUUUAUCACUGUACAUGUGGCUGAAAAAAUAUUUGUCUAGAUGUUUUGUCAUCAAUACUUGUUUGAAACACAGUUGAAAUGUCAUGUGCUGUGUGUGCAUAGUGUUCUUUUUCUUUCCAGGGGUGCGCGAUUGUCCGCUUAAGAAUCAUUGAUCUGACAAUGAAUGGUCGUGUUCAAAAUGCCUUAUUGACAAACUCCUUUUCAGAACACGUUUUUAGUAUUUUGGUAGCUGCUAAUCACUUCAAAAUGACUAAAAGAUAUAAACAUAACGGGUAUUUCAUUGUGCAUAAAUACCAAAUAUUUGAAAAACACAAAAUAUAUAUGUAUAUAUAUAUAUAUAUAUAGCCCAUGUAUUUAUACCUUUUCAGGAUGUGUAUCCAAAAGAUGAACAGCGAUCAAGGAAACAGAAAUGAAAUCCUCUUUUAUAACGGAUAGAUAAGCUUAAGCACAUGCCUGUCAGUCUGUGCCCUCCAUUCUCAGUGUGCGCAUGUGUCUGCAUGCAUGUCGAUGUGUGAUUGGAAGACGUUCAGUCUGUCAAAAGCUCUAACUUUCAUUUUUUUUAAAUAGGCCGUGAAAGUCUGCUUUAGCCUCAAGCAUGUUGGCUGUGUGAGAAUAUGCAAAUAGUCUUCUGACUGGAUUAACCAUACAUGACCAAAUUAAACAAACUGAGCUAAACUGAAAUAACCUCAUAGUUUAUUGAGUUUAUUGAGUAGGAAAAGUCACCUGUUGCCACAGACGGCAUCUCCCUCCAUCCAUGCAUUGCGAUCAGUAAGAUUGACAUAAUUAGACUUCCUGACUGGAUAAGCACUGCUGUAACAUGUGACCGUCUUCUUUGAAUCUGCCUGUUUGUGGGCAACAGUGUGUGUAGCAGAUCACUGUGUAAAAUAAAAUAUCGAUUGUGUGUAAAAAAAA